AGUUUCGUUUGAGUGUACUCGUGUAUUCCUUCCUCCAUGAAUGUAUUGGACACUAGUUUCGCCGGUUGGUUUCGGCUGUCUCCAUGGUUGUCUCUUAUGCAUGUAUCCCCCUGCUCUUGCAAACCUUGUUGGCUGAAGUUUGGCGUGCAGAGAUAAAUAAUACACGCAUCCUACAGCCGCACGGUGCAAAAGUUGAACGAUGCGUGAUGCUCCCCCAACUUGCCCGUCACAUGGGCCGGCUGAUGUAAUCAAGAACUCUACCUGAAUGGCAUUUUUGUUUUUAAUUUUUGUAUUGUUGGCUUCAAGGUUCGAGGACACUUUUCGCUGCCGGUAGACGCGGGGAUUUCCUCAUGCAUGUUGCAACGUUAUAGGAAACGUGAGUUAAUUCUGCUCAUUCUGGCACGUGCGUCACUCCGAGCAGUCACCGUAUUCGUCAGUUAAUUACGGCCGCUCAAACUUGUGACCUGCCGAUGUCAGGCUCGCCUCAUUUUAACAAAAAUCAAGGUCGGGAGAACCUGUCUGCUUUUCGACAUGUUUCAAAUAAUAACUGCUUUGAGGUCCACAAGGCAGCUGCGGUGGGUGCCUUUCAGGUGCCGAGGUAUUAGUCAGUGCCACGCUGUCACCAAUGAGGUCCCAGUUGUGGAGCGCGAGUUCCACGAACUGCAGAUCCCCAUUCCGUACGGGCACUUAGCUGCAAAGCAGUGGUUGCCCAUGUGUGUUGAGGACCCACACCAACGUGUUCUCCUGCUGCAUGGUUUCCAAGACAAUGCUGGGAGCUUUGACCCCCUUGUGCCAAGGCUUGACCCUCGAUGGCAUGUUGUGGCCCUUGACUUCACGGGCCAUGGCCUAUCUUCACACUUACCCAAAGGGGCACCGUAUCUUUCGAUGCAGUUUUGGCUGGACAUAUCACGUGCAGCCAACCACCUCGGCUGGAGUCAAUUCUCUAUUAUCGGGCACAGCAUGGGAGGCGGUGCAGCCCUGAACUAUGCCUGCAUCUUUCCUGAGAGGGUGCAAAAUUUGGUGUUGAUUGACGUCUUUGCCCCUUGGUAUGAGCAACCAAGCAAAGUUUCACAAACCAUUAGAUCAGUGUUAGAGGGCAACAUGCAACUUGAACAGAAGGAUCUCAGCAGGCCACCUGUCUACACAGAAGAGGAAGUGAUAAAGCUUUAUAGGCAUAGUAUAGUUCCGGGCUACCUUCCUGACAACAUUAGAACAUUGAUGAAACGUGGUUGCAAGCCUGUUGGGGAUGGUCGUUAUAUCCUGACCAGAGACAUCCGGCUUAAGUACAUCCAGUGGAUUCGGGCUGACCGUGCUGCUCUGAAAGAGUACUACCGUGGCUACACCAACAACCUCCUAGUAGUGAUGGCUGUUCCUGGCAUAGGGGGCUUGUCUGCAAAUCACAAGAUAGUGUCUGACAUCUGUGCACAAAACUGCCGUACAUUUCAGAUUGUUGAAGUAGAGGGCAAUCACCAUGUGCACAUGACUCAUCCAGAUGCAGUGGCUAGUCACAUACGCCGUUUUGUAAAUCCACACUGAUGUGGUAAUACAAUAACCUCAAUUUUCUUUUGUCAUACUUUAUCCUUCCAGGCAGCCAAGGUAAGAAUUUUUUCUCAGUGUUGAUGCGUCUUUACUGACGCUGCACAUUGUGGAUGAUGUCACCUGUGGCCUCAAGGUGGCUGUGCUGGGUACACUGCACUUAUUUGCCGAGGGUGUAAGCUACAUUUGAAAUUCAUGCUAUGAGAUACCUUAGAUACUAGUUGGCAUAUUAUAGCUCCACGAAAAAAGAAAUACAACAGACAAAAUACAAUGAACUAGUAUGAGCAUGAACUGCAAACUCUUAGUAGCUGGCGUUCAUCAAAUCUUUUGCAUUCCUUUUGCAUUACUUUCAUUGUGUGCUGCUUCCAUUGGCUGUAUACUAACUAGGCACACAAUUUGUCAUUUUCUGCUUUUUUGUAUUGAAAAUGCAGCUUGUUUCAUUUUAUCACAAAUAGACCAUGUUACUC